AUGCGGACCACGAGAGCUGCCAUUGAUCCACUGUGGCAGUGUCUGUGCCCGGCCUGGACACCGACCAGCGUGACGGGAUUCUCAUCCCGCUGCUUGAUCAGGCCGAGCAGGACACAACAUGGCGCAAAGAACGGGAUAUCUUCGUCGACGCCCACCGCCUUUUCCACCACCGCUCGCACGCGCAAUCAGGCUCGUCUGAAUGCUAUAGAGGCACAUCGUGCUGCUAAAUUUCAAACGUUCCCGUCAACGAUCUCACCUUCACCAAAAAGAGGAACAGAAUCGGCCGCUGUGCAACCGUUGGACCACGAGAGUACAUCGGAUCUUUACGGUCUCUUGCAGAAUGCCGCAACGAAGGGCGAUGUGCACGAGUGUCGCAGGAUAGCGGAGUAUCUGGUGGGAAAGAGGCGCGAGAAGCCCAAUCUGCAGCUCUACCAUGCGCUGAUUUUGAGCAAUGUGGGCUACGAGCACGGCGCUGCAUGGCGCGUGAGCGAGUUGCUGGACGAAUUGCAGGCGGACGGGCUACAGAUGGACGCGGGAAUCUGUCAUGCUGUGCUCAAGGUGGUCGCAGUCCAUCUGGACCAUCUUUUGCGGACCGACGUGUUGGACUACAUGCAGAAAAGAUGGUAUCAGUUGAGUGAGGACGGCGCUCACGAUGUGGCUGCUGGAAUGUUGCGUGAAGGUCUGUUCGAGCAGGCUUUGCACCAAUUGGACAAGAUGAGGCAGGGGAAUGGAAGAGUAGAUGGUUGGCUUUGGGAUAUGGCCGUCUACACGCUGUGCGACGCAGGCGAGAUUGAGGAAGCUUUCAGGAUUGUGCGGAGCCGCUAUGAUUCUGGGGUGUCCGUCAUCACUCGCUCCGUAUGGUUCUACCUCUUGGACAAGGGCAGCGAAGCGCGGCAUUACGAUGCCACAUCUCUGGUCUGGACUAGUCAGGUCAAUCAGGGCUACAUCAAUCCUUCAUCGGGAAUCUGUCUAAACGUACUCACGACAGCAGCUCAAUCGGGCGAUGCGGCUUUGGCAACCGAAGUGUUCUCGCAUCUCAGCAAACGUGGCACUGCCUUCCAGCCGAUCCAUUAUGAGCUGUUGAUUUCAGCAUAUCUCUCGGCCAGCCCGCCAGACCUAAACCGAGCCAUGACCAUUCUCACAAUCAUGCCGUUGGAGAAGUUGGAGCCUACACUUGCCGAGACUCGUUCUUUGUACGCGUACCUGCGCAAUCAGCCCGGCCUGGUAAAGGAGGCUUUCACCACGCUCCGCGAGCUUCACGAACACGACCGUAGGAUCCCGAUAGCAGCCCUCAACCUCUUGAUCGAGUGUCAUGUGGAGCAACGAAACUUCGCCGAGGCGAUGCGAGUCUACAAGCUCAUACACACAUUUGCCCCCUUCAGCGAAGGAGCACAAAAGUCGUAUGCCAACAUCGAAACUUUCAACUUGCUGUUCAAAGGCUGCAGAUUAUCCGAUCCACCCGAGGAGCAACAGGCCUCGUUUUUGGUGUCUGAACUCCUCGCACUUCGCAUCACGCCAACAGCGCUGACAUAUGAUCGCCUCAUCCUCGUUUUCGUCGAAGCAGCAAAGGCUGCUUUCAACCACACUGCAACCGCAGAUGAUCCCCAGCUCUCCGAUCAAGGGAAAUCCARAGGCAAAGAGCUUCUAGAUUGGGCUUUUCGACACUUUGCAGACAUGCAACCACUAGGUUGGGUCCCGCGAUUCGGGACAAUGGAACUGUUGGCCGUUCAGUUAGCCCGGAUUGGAGAUGCUCGUUGCUGGGACUGUCUGCAGAUCGCCGAAGAUUACAGAGACUCGAUCGAAGGGUUUGAACAAAAGGGUAAAUGGGCAAAGRAGAAUGUUGAGGAUGCUUGGGUGCAAUUCGUUGAAGGGGACGUUUCAAUGUCUGGAUCAAGCCCUACUGAGGUGUUUGCAGCGGCGAGCGCGUCUGGCUGA